AGAAGUUAGAGAGUUCCUAUUCAACAACAUCAAUAUAAUUGCUUUGGACAGCAGAGCAGCAGGUGCUGGGUACACGAGCUUCAAAAGCCCAGUCAUUCAUACCAGCCAGUGGCAUGAAUCACAAUCACCAGUGAAUACGGCAUUGGAGCCAGCUACUGGGAAUAGUUCAAAAUACCAACCAUCAAAACCACGCUGGAAGUUUGCGAAACUACAACAGGUUCCUAAUAAAAAAGAAGUUGGUUUUCUGAUGUUGGUGAUUGUGGUUUCUCCUGCCUGCCUAAAAGUGAAGGUCCAGACAGAAAGAGUGCAUUUCCCUGAU